AUGACGACGGUGAAAGAUCGGGCGCAGAUCCAGCGGGGGGACGGGAAGGGGUGUAACUGUAAGAAUUCGAGGUGUUUGAAGCUGUAUUGCGAGUGCUUCGCCGCGGGGGCGCUCUGCGCGAGCGCGCGAUGUCGAUGCGCGAAUUGUAUGAAUACGGUGGAGCACGCGGGGGAGAGAACGGCGGCGAUCGAGACGGUUUUAGAUCGGAACCCGAACGCGUUCAGGCCGAAGAUCGCGGCGGUGGCGAGUCCGUCGCGAGACGUGGCGCUGCGGCACAAUCGCGGGUGUCACUGUAAGCGGAGCGGAUGUUUGAAAAAGUAUUGCGAGUGCUUUCAAGCGGCGAUUUAUUGCGCGGAGACGUGUCGGUGCGUGUCGUGCGAGAAUUACGAAGGGAGCGAUGCGCACGAGGAAGUGAAGCGGGUGUACGGGAGCGGGGCGCGGUUUCACGAUCACGCGAGCGCGGCGGCGUCGCCGUCGCCGUCGCGCAGGAAACUCUUGGCGCAACGCGCGGCGAGAGAUUCGAUCGACGGCGCGUCGAACCGCGGCGGCGGCGGUGGCGGUGGUGUGAACUCGAGCUCGAAUUCCGAUCGCUCGCCGGGUCGACAGGGGGCCGGACUCGCGCGCGCGCGCGCGCCGCCGCUCAUGCACAACCUCGUGCAACAAGGCGCGGUGGAGGAGUUGGCGCGCAUCUUACUCGUCGUCGCCGACGAGACGAGUAAAUGCGCGGUAUCAUCGGAGACUAAGGGUGAAGAGAAGGUGAAAGAAGAGGAGAAACCUGCGCCGACGUCAACGCGUCGCUCGAGCGGCGGCGUCGCCGAACUCGCGGCGGAGGCGGCGAGGGAGAUCGCGCGCGACGUCGCACACGUGGACGAAUUAAUGUGCGACGAGGACAUCGACGCGAGGAAGGCGAGAGCGGCGCACGCGCGGGCGCGCGACGACGUCUCGAUCGCUCUCGAUUCGACGUUGACCAAGUACCCGGAAAUCGAAGCCGCCUUGCUCGGCGAGCUCGAGCGCGUCGCGCGUCGAAUCGCCGAGAACGCCCGCGCGCGCGCGACCGAGGCGAAAAAGCGACGUCUAGCGAAUACCGCCGCAAAAUCCAGCGCGGUGUAA